CUGGGGUUUUUCCCAGCAUGGCAGAGUCCAGAGCAUCUGUCUGCAGGGAAAGAGCCUCGGGGGAACCAGGGCAUGACAUGGUCUCCAGCCCCUUAUGAAACCUGCCCAAUCUCCCUGCUCCUCUGCCAGGCUGAGGAAUCGCGUCCACGUUUUGCUCCAGAUCGUCCCAUCUUCCAGGAGACAGGGCAGGGAAAUGGCCGUGAUGGAGCCAGCUCAGAUGCCAGUGACCUUCGAGGACGUGGCUGUGUAUUUCACCCAGGGGCAGGGGGCUCUGCUGGACCCCGCUCAGAAAGCCCUGUACAGGGACGUCAUGCAGGAGAACUACAAGACAGUGACGUCACUGGGAUUCCCCCUUCCCAAACCUGACCUGAUCACCCGGCUGGAACAAGGGAAAGAGCCGUGGGUGCCCGAUCUCCAGGUCUAUGAGAAAAGCGAACUCCCGAGAAGCCCCCACACAGCAGGUAACGAGACAGUGAAUGAGAAUAAGGAUGGGAAUCAACAGCAGGAAGUUCAUGGGCACAGAGACCCACAGGGGACCUUUGUGGGAAGAGCUGAAGGAAAUUUCUCCCAGUGCUUGGAACAUGGAGAAGCCUGGAGGAAUUGGCAGAGGUCAGAGAGUCUGCUGGGAAACCACUCAAGGGAGCAAAUGGAUGAAUCUGUUAUAUAUGGGGAAGCACACAGGAAUCCCACAGCCCGGCAGACAACCCCCAAGGAAGACAAACACUAUGACUACCUCGGUUCUGUUACGCUUCAGGCAAUAAAUACUGGAGAGAAAACACUUCAAUGGUUGGACUCUGGGGAAAACAUCAGUAAGUGUUCAGAUCUUGCUAACCAUGGGAGAAGCCACCCGGGAGAGAGACCCUCUCAGUGCCUUGAGGGCAGGAAUUGUUUGAAUUGGAAGUCAGCACCGAUUACACAUCAGAAAACCCACACUGGAGACAGACCACAUAAGUGCUUAGACUGUGUAAAAAGUUUCACCUGCAGAUCAGCCCUUGUUAGACAUCAGGCAAUCCACACCGGAGAGAGACCCCAUAAGUGCUUGGAUUGUGGGAAAAGUUUCAUACAGAGGUCAAACCUUGUUACACAUCAGGCAAUCCACACCAGGGAGAGACCCCAUAAGUGCUUAGACUGUGGGAAAAGUUUCACAUGGAGGUCAGCCCUUGUUAAACAUAUGGCAGUCCACACCGGAGAGAGACCCUAUAAGUGCUUAGACUGUGGGAAAAGUUUCACAUGCAGAUCAGCCCUUGUAAGACAUCUGGCAAUCCACACGGGAGAGAGACCCCAUAGGUGCUUGGAUUGUGGGAAAAGUUUCGUACAGAGGUCAGCCCUUGUUAAACAUCUGGCAAUCCACACCAGCGAGAGACCCCAUAAGUGCUUGGACUGUGGGAAAAGUUUCAUAGAGAGGUCAGCCCUUGUUACACAUCAGGCAGUCCACACCAGGGAGAGACCCCAUAAGUGCUUAGACUGUGGGAAAAGUUUCACAUGGAGGUCAGCCCUUGUUACUCAUCAGGCAGUCCACACCGGAGAGAGACCCCACAAGUGCUUAGACUGUGGGAAAAGUUUCACAUGCAGAUCAGCCCUUGUAAGACAUCUGGCAAUCCACACCGGAGAGAGACGCCAUAAAUGCUUAGACUGUGGAAAAAGUUUCCUGCGGAGAUCACACCUUCUUAUGCAUCAGGCAGUCCACACUGGAGAGAGAUGCCACAAGUGCUUAGACUGUGGAAAAAGUUUCAUACGGAGGUCAAACCUUGUUAAUCAUCAGGCAAGCCACACAGGAGAGACACCCCACAAGUGCUUAGACUGUGGGAAAAGUUUCAUACAGAGGUCAGGCCUUGUUUCACAUCAGAGAAUCCACACAGGGGAGAGACCCCACAAGUGCUUAGACUGUGGGAAAAGUUUCCUAUAUAGGUCAAACCUUGUUAAUCAUCAGGCAAUCCAUACAGGAGAGAGACCCCACAAGUGCUUAGACUGUGAGAAAAGUUUCAUACAGAGGUCAGUCCUUGUUUCACAUCAGAGAAUCCACACAGGGGAGAGCCCCCACAAGUGCUUAGACUGUGGGAAAAAUUUCCUGUAUAGGUCAAACCUUGUUAAUCAUCAGGCAAUCCAUACAGGAGAGAGACCCCACAAGUGCUUAGACUGUGGGAAAAGUUUCAUACAGAGGCCAAGUCUUCUAACACACCAGGCAGUCCACACCGGAGAGAGACCCCACAAGUGCUUAGACUGUGGGAAAAGUUUCAUACGGAGGUCAAGCCUUCUAAUACAUCAGGCAAUCCACACCGGAGAGAGACCCCACAAGUGCUUAGACUGUGGGAAAAGUUUCAUACGGAGGUCAGACCUUCUUGUGCAUCAGGCAAUCCACACCGGAGAGAUACCGCAUAAGUGCUUGGACUGUGGGAAAAGUUUCAUACAGAGGUCGGACCUUCUUGUGCAUCAGGCAAUCCACACCGGAGAGAGACCCCAUAAAUGCUUAGACUGUGGGAAAAGUUUCCUACGGAGAUCACACCUUCUUAUGCAUCAGGCAGUCCACACCGGAGGGGGCCAUAAGUGCUUAGACUGUGGGAAAAGUUUCGCAUAUAGAUCAGUCCUGGUUACACAUAAGAGAUUACACACGGGGGAGAGACCCCAUAAGUGCUUAGACUGUGGAAAAAGUUUCAUACAGAAGUCAAACCUUGUUAAACAUCAGAGAAUACACACUGGAGAGAGACCCCAUAAGUGCUUAGACUGUGGAAAAAGCUUCCUACAGAGAUCACACCUUCUUAUGCAUCAGGCAGUCCACACUGGAGAGGGACAUAAGUGCUUAGAUUGUGGGAAAAGUUUCAGAUGGAGGUCAGCCUUUGUUAAUCAUCAGAGAAUCCACACAGGAGAGAGACCCCACAAGUGCUUGGACUGUGGGAAAAGUUUCACAUGGAAGUCAGCCCUUGUUAAACAUCAAGUAGUCCAUACAAGAGAGAGACCAUAAGACUCUGGGAAAGGUUUCAGAAACAGAUCAGCCUUUCUAAACAUCAGGAAAUACACACAUGAGAGAGACCCCCGUAAGUGCACAGACUAUGGAAAAAUGUUUCAAAUUGAUGUCAUCCCUUGUUUUACAUCAGAGAAUGCACACAGAGGAGUGACCUCAUAACUUUUUAGCCUGUGAAAGAUGUUUUAAACGGAGGUCAAAUCUUAUUCCAAAUUGGGCAAUCUACACAGGAGAGAGACCCCAUAAGUCUUUGGACCAUGUGAAAAGUUCCAUGGAAAGAUCAAAUCUUAUAACACUCAGAGGAUCCACACAGGAGAGAGACCCCAUCAGAGCUCAGACUGGAAAAAGUUUCCUACAUAGGUCAGACCUUGUUAAAAGUCAGCUAAUCCACACAGGAGAGAUCCCAUAAGUGCUUAGGCUGUGGGGAAGGUUUUAUAUGGAGCUCGGGCCAUGUUUUACAUCAGAGAAUCCACGUAGGAGACCCCAUAAGUGCAUAGACUAUGGAGAAUGUUUCCUACCGUGGUCAAGUGCUUGGACCAUGGGAAAAGUUUCAGAAACACCUCAGCCCUACAGAAUAUCAGCCAAUCCACACAGGAGAGAGAUCCCAUAACUGCUUAGACUGUGGAAAAAGUUUCAUAUGGAGAUCAGACCUUGCUAAAAUCAGGCAGUCCACACAGGAGAGAGACCCCAUAAGUGCUUGGACUGUGAGAAAAGUUUCAUACAGAGGUCAGACCUUGUUAAACAUCAGGCAAUCCCCACCGAAUAUUGACCCCUUAAGUGCUUAGACUGUGGGAAACAUUGCAGAAACUGAUCAGUCCUUGUUUUACAUCAGAGAAUCCACAAGACUCCAUAGGUGCUUGGACUGUGACAAAAGUUGUACACAGAGAUCACACCUCAUUAAACAUUGAGAAUUCACACACGAUCUAAACUUCUGAGACGCAUGGCCUGAAAGAGUUAAGAACCUUGCAGGCUAAUUCACCAAGCUUCAACCUUUAGAGACAUGUUAGAAAAGUGUUUAAAUGGUAUUUAGGGCCAUUCCAAGAAAUAUAGACUAGAACUUUGAAAUGUAACCUGCAGUUGUUAAAAAAUUGAAAGAAGAUAGUAGUGCUGUUGACUAAUUGCAGUUGAGUCGUGUGAUUAGCUCAAAAAAAUUCAUUGUGGUUAGAAAAAUUUAUCUUGAGGAAUCACAUUGUUAAACAAUAGAAUACUAGUUGAAAUUUGUUAAAUGUUUUUGGAUGUUUUUCUACGUUUUCAUAUCUAUUGAUUUCCCUCACAACAAAGGAGAGAAAGCGUGCAGGGCUCGCUUUAUAUUAUUUUUUAUUACAAAUAUUUGUAUUGUAAACAUGCAAAACAGAAGUGGUAUUUUUCAGUUCACCUCAUACAGGUACUGUAGUGCAAUCUCUUUACUAGGAAAGUGUACCUUAGAAACAUCGAUUACUUUAAUUAUAUAAGUGCACUCAAAAAUCAAGCAAUUAAAAACUGUAUAGCCUAGAAGUCAACUCAGUGCUACUUCUUUUUCUGACACUCGCUAUGACAAACAUGCGUCUGACGAAGUGGGUAUUCACCCACGAAAGCUUAUGCUCCAAUACGUCUGUUAGUCUUAAAGGUGCCACAGGACUCUCUGUUGCUUAUGACAAGCAAGUUUGUUUAUGUUUAUGAGAGAUAAUGCUGCUUUGCUUCUAAUUUAUGAUGUCACCUGAAAGUGUGAGAAGGUGUUCACGUCUCACGUUUGUAGCUGGCAAUGCAAGGUAUUUAUGUGCAAGAUAUGCAAAACAUGCCUAUGUCCCUUCAUGCUUCGGCCAUCAUUCCAGUGGACAUGCUUCCAUGCUGAUGUGAAAGUAGAAUGAA